CAUUUUUAGUGAAUGAAAUCGGCCAAGUCAUCCUAUGAGGACGAAAGAGCAUUCCAGGCUGCUCAUGCAGCAAACGAAAUCCUUUCGAAUGUAAAUGACAAGUACUCUGGCUCUUCUCCCUACUCAAACAGUGGUCCGGGGAGUAUUCACAAUGAGUACGACUGUCUGCUCCCUGGUAAUAGUAGACCUGUUUCUCACGGUGGUCUGACUCCCCAAAGUGGUCCUAUAUCUAAUCCUGACAGUUACCUCUACGUUCCUAACGCAGCAGGUAAUUAUAUUACGGACGAUGUGAUCCCCCAGCGGCGCAGCACUGCGCGGCGUAUUUUCAGCAUCACCUGCAUCUUCGACAUGCUUCUCGUCAGCAUACUGUGGACUAUCAUCGCUAUUAAUCAUUACGGUGGACUAAAUACUGCGUGGGAUAUUGCAAUCAAAAACUUCAAAUUUAACCAAUCGAUGGCAGACUUGAUGCUGCUUAGUUUGGGUCGCUCAACAUGUCUUAUAACACACUACUGGAUUAUCGUCAGUCAGUUACAGAUUACUAUUGCUUUAACAACGACGAUAUCGACGAUAUAUAUAUUUUUAAAACUUAUUAUAUUCCAAAGGGACAGUGCUUGGAAUAAUUUUGAAACGUAUGCAUUAUUAUUAAUAUCCUUUCUGUUAUGCUGGAUAGAAGUGUGGAUGUUCGAGAGUAAGGUACUGAAAGCUGAGAAUCAAGUAUCGAGAUAUCUUCGUCCAAGGUAUCCUGAUGCGAGAACGCCACUAUUAGGACCGGCUGUUAACAGUGCCGGCAGCGAUUUCAACUACUCAGCAUUUGUUACACCAUCAGCAACUAUACCACCUACACCUGGAGGGGACCUACAUCAGAUAGAGGCAAACAAUUUGGAUCCCCGGGGUCAGAUGAUGUAUAAUGUUGCGUUAGAAGCACACUCAGAGUUAAAAGAAACAGUCCUCUGGCCAGAUGGGUGGACAACUGAGCUAGACAAGGACGGUAUAAAAGUAUUCAGUAGAGCACAAAGGAGAGCUCCAAACAGACUAUUUCUCAGUGAGAGCCACUUUCUUUGUUCUCUAGAGGACUUGUUUGAGGUGUUGUACCAUCAGAUGGACAGUGUCAGUGAGUGGAACAGUAGUAUACUAGAGGUACAGAUGUUGGAGAGGUUCACCCAACACCUAGAUUUGCUCUACACUGUCGGGGUGGGAGGCGGUGCUGGUCUCAUCAAGAGCAGAGAUUUCCUGACGUUACGAUAUUGGUCGAAGGAACGUGACAUGUAUUUUAUAGUCAGUAGGGACGUCAACGAUCCUAUAAAACCACCAUCCAAAUUCCCAAGAGGAUUUAACGGGCCCUGCGGCUAUGUUUUCUUCCCAGCCCUGGAUGGCUCCGUUAAGCUCACUUAUGUUAUCAACUGCGACCUGAAGCUCCCUCUUGUACCUCAAAAGGUGAUAACAUCAAGUUUAGUUGAGGUGGUUCACGGGUUCCACAUGACUUUGAGGAAUAAGAUGGACGAUUACGUGGAUUCUAAAAGAAGACAAUCUAUGUACAGUGGUAACACAUAAAUAGGCGGUCUAUGCAGAAAUGAAAUUGCAAGCGAGAACUCUUCCAGUGACCUGUCGCUGACAGAGCAAAGAUUUGAUUCUCUGUGUCAGUGAUUGAAGGAGGAGGAAUUAGUGCCAGCGCACCAUUAUGGGAUAUCAAGAAUAGAACAAUACUACCAUUCAAUAAGCACUGCCUUCUUUUUAUCAGUUGGAUUUCUAUUUGAACGUGAUUUUUAACAGUAAUCAUUUUUGUACAUUGUUUGUUCUCAAGAUAAAAAAGAUGUUUUUAGAUUGGAUGUAAUGAAGAUUUGCCGUCUUGUGUGGAUUUUAUAUUGUAUUUUUAAAGUUCACUUUGAUGUUCUUACCUAUCAAAUUAGGAUGAGUACACUUGCACUAAAUGGCCGCUUGCUUUAAAUGAUUGUUGAGAUUGUUGUUAGCUUUUAAACAAAAUAUAAUAACCUCCCACUUAUAAUUAACCCUAGUUCUGCUGUCUGCAUGAUAUAAUUGAUAACGGUAAGUGAUAUAUAAGUGUAGUAAUUUAAGAUUUCAGUUAUGUAAAUACCUUUAAGUUUUAAAGUGAUAAUUUCUUAUGCUAUUAUAUAUUGAUGCUGUGUUUUUAAUGUCCGCGUAUUGUUUACAUUAA